AUGGGAACGUCGCAGUCAGAGCAACGUCUUGAGGACGCCUUCUCAGACGAGGAGACAAGUGGAUAUGGAGGUGGAUCGCCAACCCAACAGUCCUAUCGGCCACAAUCGUUCUCAGCUCACGGAAGCCCAGGUGGAGACCUAUCCGAUGAAGAGCUAUACCCAGCAAAUGGGAAUGGAGGGCUCGGGCCACACGCCGCUGCCGGACUCGAGCCAAUCUGCGUCCCCGGGGGGCACAUGGAGUUCGCCGUACCACAACAGCAACAGCAGCAGCCAUGCGCGCGAAGCCGAUCGGGCUCGUGCACGUCAAGACGGUCACAGUUCCGAACGUUAAUCGAUCGUAACCGUGUUCCCAAAUCGCACAUAUGUAUCCUAGGUCUGAACCACCGCCUCUAUGCCACUAUGUCCCCCAAAUACACUCAUCGCAGCCACAGAUUUACCACGCAGCCACAGCAGCUGCUGCAGCAACAGCAGCGUCGGGCCUCAGCCGGGCCGCUGGGCCAACCGGGGGAUCGCAGCAGUUCUAUGGGGGAGACAACGGUCUCCUCCACCAGCCGGGAGAGUGUUUUAUUGCCGCUGGACACUCGCACCAGGCGCUCUUCAGCGCUGCUGCCGGGGUCGGCGGCCUCGGGGUCGGGAAUGGGGGCAUUAACGGUGGGAGCCAGCAGCUCUCAAUACCCCAGUGCCACACUAGCCCGUUAUAGCAAUACGAGUACCUAUUCGAUGUCUAAGUCAGUAAGCACCGGAACGGACCUUUCGGACGAGGCACCGGAUAAUGUCAUCUAUUCGGAUAUCAAUGAUCUCUAUCGCCAUCGAAAGUCGACUACAUCCGGUGGUAGUGGUGGUGGUGGUGGUGGUGGUGGCGCUGGUGGGAUGGCAGGGGAAUCUCGCAAAAAUGUAGACGAGGAGGGUGAAGAAAUUGAAGAGGACGAUGAGAUUAUGGAUGAAGUUGAAGAUGAGAAUGCUAUCCGCCGCCCGUACCUGGAGGACGAUGAUGAGGAUGAUGAUGAGAUUGAUAUUCGUUAUGCGACGGCCACGCAGAUUAAAGCGAUGACUUCUGGUGGUGGUAGUGGUGGAACAGAUGCGUGCGGUAGUGGUGGUGCUCCGAAGGCCAUUCCUAGUGACGAACUGUACGCGACAGUGGAUAGGAAAAGUAAGUUGAACAAGCAACUUCAACAGAAGCAGCAGCAGCUGCAGCAACAGCAACAGAUCACGGUACAAGUUGCAACGUUGAAAACAAACACUCAUUACCCUGGUAAACACUUUAGUGAUGAAUUCAUAGACGAUAGCAUUAGGAACUACAAUAGUCAUACGAAUAUAAGUACGAACGUAGGCAAGUUAAACGAAACGAGUGUAGGACCUCUGAGCUCGGCAAGUGCCGGGGAGAUGUACAAUCGUUCAGCUCAUUUCGAUGAAUACUGUGGCAACAACCGGUAUUCCGAUACGUCGGACUACUUCAGUCACAGUCAGCAGCAUUACUCACAAUCUCCGAACUCUCACUCGUUGGCCACGACGAUCACUCACAAGAACGGGCUGACGGACGAUGAUGAACGGUACUCUUGUUCGAAUCCUCCACCGAUUCAUCCGAGAACUUCACAUUCGUUACCGCGUAACUCGCAGCUUUCCAAGAUCGAGUCGAUCGAUUCGAAUUACAGUGGGGGUGAGGGAAGGUCGGCUAGUGGUGGUAGGGGUGGUAGUUCCGGUGAGCAUAAUUUCAUCGGGCACCAUUCGUUGAACAAUCUGCCAAGUUCAUCGAAGGUGACCAAUGAUUAUCUGCACUAUUCUUCGCUGCUGAAAGGAGGUGAUACUGGUGGCGAUUCGGAUGAUCCUAUGAAUAGUAAGAAAACAUCGUCGGAAAGGCUUGAAUAUGAACUGUCGAAUGCAAACAUUUACUCGACAGUACAGUACAAGAACUACGAGGACGAUUUCGAGGAUGAAGAUUACAUGAACUACCAGCGUCAGCGUGAUGAGAACAGAGAUAUUUCAAAGGAAGCAUGGCUGAGAAGCAGUUCGUGUAAGGAGCUUUGUGAUUAUGGGUAUGAUUCUACCGGUCGGGCCGACUUUUCACUGAUGGAGCGAGAGUUCUUGACGUCCGAUCGCAUCGAUAGUCCUGUGACGCGGUACGACGAUUCACGUCACUCGAUGUACGUGCAAAAAUCGAACUAUUCGGUUGAGGUUAGCCAGGACUAUCUGGCCAACGAAGGAAAGGUGUACUCGUCCAGCUAUCCGGGCACGACGUACAAUACCAUCGAUCAUACGAGCUAUCGCAGACACAAUAAUCAGAAUUUCUAUUCAAACUACGAGUACGGGUCGCAGGAUGAUCUUUCGCAUGAUAGCUACGAGCUGCUUGAAAAGUCAGACGAUGAGCUGUAUUACAAGUUUAAGGGUGAUUCGGAAGCCCACACAAGAUCCUGCUCGCUGGACUCAGGCAACUACAUCCCGACGGACGAUGAAAGCAUCCCGGAGCAGCAACAUUCUUCGGGUCAUCAUGCGCAUCACGUUUCGCGUCUCUCGAGGUACUGUUCGAGCUUGGAGGCUAAAAGUAAGAGUGCUCCGGACAUCGAUGACCUCGACGAUAUGUUUUUAAUGGAAGAUCCGAGAGAUCUGCCACGUGAAAAGUUGUGCGUGAAGUCGGAUGGUAACUUCUAUAAGAAAAUAAAAAUGGCCAUGGGAGGAUCGUCGCGCAUGUCAAGCCCAGAGUCUCGCAGCGAUUACUACGAGUCGAAAUUAUCCAAGAGUAGUGGUUCAAGUAAAAAAUCAAAAGACAGUGUGUAUCAUACGGAUAGCAACAAGAAAUCACGCGAAACUCUGAAGAGUAAAUCGGGAUCGGGCUUCAACUCGCGCGCCUCUAGCCAGGACUCGAAGGAUUGCUUCGGUGGUAUGGAUAUACUGUUGACGAAAAAUUAUGAAAUGCCAACGACCACAAGCAAGAAGGCAAAAUAUCUUUCGAAGCGGUUCGAUAGCAGCUCGCGAAACUCAAGCCAGGAUUCGAAAAGUGAUUACUACGACGCUAGUGAGCAACAGCACGAGCAUGAGCUGGAUGUUGAUGGAGCCGACAUGUCGGAUGAAAUUUAUUCCCGUGCUAAAGUGGUAAGUCACUCGGAUGAGCACAUUCGAGUGGGCGAAGAAGAAUCACUGUCAUCGAUGGCGAAAAAUGGAAUAUCGGCAACAGCAGCCAGCUUUUACGAUAAUCAAAUCUAUUCUUCAACGUUCCCGAGUGCUCAGACGAAGCCGGCUAGUGCGGGAAACGACGCAGGAGGAGGAGGUAACAAAACUUCGCACGUUCACUCAAUCAGUCUGCAAAACGUGGAGCUAGAGAGAAACUCCCGUUCGGUGGGAUAUUCGGCGUACAAAUCUCCCUCUCCAGUACUUCCAUCGGCUGUGCCGAAACCGAUAGACAAACAGCCACCAAAAACGACGCACAUUUGGCCGGAGGAAAUAGAAGGUUUGCCAACGGCCAUUACAGAAAGUCAGCGCAUCGAUAGAUCUCGAGCAUUCCGCAAGAAAUCGGACAGCGAGAACAUUUUCAGCUUUGACAAGGAAAAGAUUGAAUCUCUUACCAGCAGCUUGAACGAUGAAACGCCCACUACGGCAAUCAUGGUAGAGGCAAAGGCUAAAGUAAGUCCCGAUUAUCCUCUCACUCCGGAGCUGCUGUCGGAGUUUGACAAGCAAAAGAUUGAAUCGCCUCACAUUCUGCCGAAGAAAACACGCAAGGAAGAGUUGAUGGCUAAAACGCACUUUGAAGAGUAUACGCCUAAGAUGAUCGGACUGGAAUCAACGGUCAUCAGUGGAAUACCACCUUACGCACAUGCAACGGUCGAACGCACAAAGUCGGAUCCCAAUUCGUUAGCUAAUCGGCCUCGAUUAGGACCGAACUCGCGUCGCCACACGCUGAUGCAUCAGAAAUCGAUCGAUCUUACGCCGGCUGAUUCAAGCGAAGAAGAAUACCUGUACAAGCAAAUUCCCAGCGCUCCACCUCUGUGCAAAUCACACGGAAGUCACUUUGAGCUACCACAAUCAUACGACAUGAACGUGAUUCCGGAUGUGGUCGAAUUGCCAAGGAAUGGUUUCGAGAUGCCGAAGAGUUUCUUCAAAGAUUAUCAAGAGCGUCGUUCAACGCACAAAACCGUACUGAAGGACGAUAUUCCGUACGUGCUGCACAAACGACACGUUAUGAAUGGGACCGCUCCUUCACCGCUGGUUGAAGGCAAAACAACUCCUCAUCGUAGCUAUCCAAAGCCAAAGAGUCCUAAAUCUCCAAAGUCACCAAAGUCACCGAAAUCACCGAAAAUGUUAAUGUCAGACGGUGGAAAAGGAGACGGAAGCACUUUCGUCGGAUCGAAGGAAAAUCUGCUGCGUGUAAAGGAUGAUACAGAGCUACUGAUCGAGCAAACAGUAGUAGAUGAUCAGCAGGGUUUCCUGUUCACGCAAAACAUCGACCUGUCGAAGGUAGAUCCGGUAACGCUGGAGGUGGACAAGACGGUACAAACGGUGCAGCUUGCAAGUAGCCCGAAGCGAGACAUAACGAAGCGCAUGGAUCCACUGAUGUUGGAGCAACUAAAUAGCAAGCUGAGUCAAAUCGAGAGCGAUUCAGCCACAAGCUCCAAGACGGAUAGUAACGCAGCUCAACAACAGUUGCAACCUCCACAAAGGAAGUUCGAAGCAAAGCCGGUGGAUCUUCCUUACCUGUUGGUGGACAAAAAGAGCGUCGAGUUGGCCGUACCGAAACGAGUGGUCAAAACACGGGUCGCUCCAAUCAAGACAAAGUGUGGAAAAUCGAAGCGUAAUGCGAAAACUCGUAUCACUUCCUUUUCGUCUGACGACGAAAGUCUCGAUUCGGAUGAUGUGUUUGGUUCGGCGGAAGCGAUGCCCACAAAGCUAGAAUUUUCUCCACCACAAUCGCGUAAAGAGAUAGAACCGAUCCUGAAGCAUGAGUCGAGCAAGAUGGCGUCGAACGCGUGGGCCCGUGGACAAACGAUGAGCUCGACGGAGAUAGAAGGAUCACCGCCACAGUGUCGUCGACUGGCGGAGCUAGAGAGUCGCUACCAUACGGUGAAGCUAGAAACGACUCAGCUCACCAGCACCGAGUUGCGGCGAAUUUCGGAAAGAUCAUUCUCCAUUCCAAGCUCAGAAGAUGAAGGCAAAAAGCAGCAAGCAAAGCCAGGAGAGCUCGUGGCCGACAAACCAGACUUGGCCCAUGCGAAAGCAAAAUCCGCCAACGAUACAGGCGAUUCUAAGGAUGAUUUGGGGUUUUCAAAACAACAAUCGGAACCUGCAGUGAAGAAGGGCAAGGAGGAGGGCGGUACGGUGACGAAAUUAUCACCAUCCCGCACGAAACUGAUUGAAGAGCUGAUUGAUUCGUCGAUAGUGAUGCGUUCGAAGGGACACGCGCCAAUCUUGUUCGCCCAUGCUCGUUUAAACCUUAGCGAAGGGUCUGCAUUUGCAUCAUUACAGCGUCAAAAGGCGCAAGAAUCGCCCACAUCUGGUCGACGCGCCAAGAGUCUUGAUACGCCAGUAAUUUCACUUCACAAACUUCCACCGAUGAAUGCGUUCUCGUCGAAGGAUGAUACGGUGGGUUAUGAAGAGGAGGAGGAAGUAUUGGAAGUGAAACCAUUGCAGCAGCAAAAAGCGUCCAAAGCCUCGGUAAUUGAAGAGGAAGAGCAGGAAGAUUCGGUCCAUUCGUGUGGAGAUGCAAUCGUUAUCCGUGAUCCGACUAUCUCGCGCCAAACAUCGACAACGGAGGAGGAACGCAAGUGCGUCCGCAUUGAUGCAGAUGAGCUGGAGUUGCUCGACCGCCUGAAGUACAUCGAAAAGAUCGAACUGCAGGGAGUGAAGAUAAAAGAGAAGCGUAAAACGAAAACCAAACUCAAGAGCGGACAUCAGUUGAUUCUGGAAAUACCGAAGUACAAAUUUGAACCAUUCAGCUCGGGCAACAGUUCCAUCAAAACGUCCCCAGCAAUUAGUCGUGCUAGCAGCGUGGAAAGUACGGGUAAGGCGCGUCAAAAGACGGACAGUGGCACACAAACACCCACCGGGGGUGGUGCCGCAAUCAAACCACAGCGCAAGUCUACCAGUCCUAAAGGUUCCGAGAAGCUUGUCCAACCGAAACGGCGCUCUUCGGACGAAGUGAAGAAAUCUUCAUCCCCGAACGACAUGCUACGGACAAAGAGUCAAGAGGCGCUGGGUAAGGGAAAAGGGUCAAGUGCUAAAGAGAAAUCAAAGUCACUCGAAAAGAUGGAGCUGAAGCGCCUGGGAAGCAGAGAUCGCAAGUCGACUGAAGAAAGCGAACUGGAACGGGCCCGGCGUAAGGAGCGACAGCAAAAAUUGUACGAAUCAGCUAUGAAACAGACGAUUAACAUGCUCAGCCCGGUGAAGGAUCAAUUGCCCCAGUUUCCUGCACCGGAGGACAAGAUUUCGGUAAAGACCGAGGGCGAUAAGAUUAUUAUCGAUGCGGACAUAAAAUCGAAACCGGAAGAUCACGUGUUUAUUGCUAAAGCACCGAGAAAGCUUGACUGCGGUCUGGCGAAGAUUAGUCGCAGUUUCGAAGAUCAGAAAAGCGUCGAAAAGCUAGACAAAGCGAGUCGUAGCUUCGAUGAUCGCAGUAAAUCGUUUGACGAUCACUCUGAUCGUUCGGCGGACGAGAGUAGCAUCGUUAUCAAGAGCCCAACACGGUUAAGUAGAAGCCAGGAGCUGAAACAAAAGAUUGAAGGCUCUGUCGUCCAUAAGGGGCGUAUGGAGGGCAAAUCGAAAAGCUUGGAAAAGAAGUCCGAACCACAGUACUUGGAUAUCGAGUACAAGACGCGCAGCUUGGAUCAGAACUACACGGAAAGCAGUGCAUCUUCGUACGGUGGUGGUGAUGCUACCUCUCCCGAUUCGGAGAGUGUUGGGCACGGGCUGAUAACGGGCAGGAAGCAAGAAGUAGUAAAGGUGGACGUGCACUGUUCCUCCAAGAUGGAUUCACCUGAUUCGGACAAUAAUCGAGUUGUGUCUCCCAGUGGCCGAGGUCGUAAAUCUACCACGGACAGUGACAGCAAGUCAAUCGAGGAUCAGCGUCCGUCAUCGCGUUUUGAUAAGGGCAAGAGUCUUGAUAGCAAUAUUUCCUCAGAAACAGUUAACAGGAAGGAGAAACCACAAGCCGUGGAGCGACGUGCACUUUCUCAGCCAGUGUCGGAGUUUGGAGGAGAGCUCGAUAUGCAGGAUAUAAUAUCGGAGCGACGCACGCUGGAUCUCAUGAAGAGACGAUCGGAGGAAAAGGUAGUAGAUUCAAGCACAACAAGCACUACAGCUGAACCAUCAGACGAGGCAGGAAAUAAGGAAGUUUCCGACAGAACGAAACAAUGUUCCGGAAAAGUUGGUAGUGAAGAAUCGCUAACGGAAGUAAGCGAAUUAAAAGAUGCGGAUGUGAAAGAGAGUGGCUAUCUUCCACCACCGGUUCGUGUGCCAACCAUUGAGUAUGAAGAACCGUCACUUGAAGAAGAAGACGUUGUGGAUGAGGAGGAUGAGUUUGAAGCGGAGGAGUUGGAAGCUGAGGAGGUGCAGAACAAGAAAGAAAUUCUGGGAAAGUUGAAUCUCGAGAGAAGCAGAAGCGAUGAAACUGGUUCGUGGGUGACGAUCGCAUGCGAAGAGUUUACCGGCACCGAGGGAGUAAGCAGUCAGCAGGAAGAUUUCGUAGACAAUGCAGGCCCUCACUACAAGAUCGAAUCUCAAGCGACGUUUGAGGACGUAAAGGAGUAUGCAAUGCCCGAAUCGGAAGUGAUUGUCGAGUCAUUUGAUGUCCCCGUGCUAUCGCAACCACAAUCCAAUCGUUCCUCCCCUUCGGCAUUCGAUCAUCCGCUGCCACAGGUACCGGAGAAAAAAGCGGAAGUUGUAUCACCGAUGCGAGAAAAGGUGGUUCGAUCGGCUGCAGUCGAUCGUGAUCAAGAGGCGGAUAAAAAGCAAGCUUCGCAAAGACGCGGCGAUUUCCUUCGACUAUCGAUCGAACGUUCACGCAGCUCGGACACAGGAUCAAGUCGUGAAAAUGAAACCAGUCCUAUUAGGCAUGAUUCUAGUACACCACGCGGUAAAGGGUCGUUGGAUGAGGAAUCAAGCCUAAGUUGUUCAAUUUCGCGACCGCUGGGAAUUUCGCAAGACAUGGACUCGAUGGAGCACAUGAAGUGUCGUGAGCUGCGUGAAGCAAUGCUCAAGAUGGAAGAGUACGAUGAUGGAGUGGCGGUGAAAAAGGUUUCACCGACGCUUGAGAAACAGUAUCCGGUAGAUUUGGGAUCUGGAUCGGAGCUGGAUAUAGAGACUCCAGAAGAUCGUAUUUCGAGAUUACUGCAGCGUGAGGAAAGCGAGUCUAGUUCGGACAAUGGCGGUACAGUGGCACCUGGCCCUUUGGGAUGUUCUUUAGGAAGUGUACCGGCCAGUGGAGGAACAGUUCCGAAGCCGAGGGUGGUGAAACCCGUCCGUACGACGUUGCUCCACAAGAAAGUGUGCCGAACAGCUCCUCCGAAUGAGAAACAAACGCAACAAACCACAGCUGAGUUGAAAUCGGGUACUUUGAAGUUGCUCAGUGCCGAUGGAGGUGAUCGUAGCUCGCUGGAAUCAAAAUCAAGCCUAGAAUCGAAAGGCUCGUUGGGAUCAUUCGAAACUGAGAGCAGUUCUGGAUCGUUGGGAGCAGCACAGCGAAAGGGCGAUCUGCUGCAGAAAGAACAGGUAUCUACCUGGCGUCCUUAUCCGAUCGAAAGCUCUGGCAGCUCAAGCGUGGAGGACAAUUGGCUUCCACCGGAACAGGAAAGCUACGAAAGCUUCGAAAUAGCAACGGAAACGAUAGAGAUACAGAAGAUUGCGCAACAAGAUUCAAAAGAAUUGUCUCCGGACGAGCAGAAGGAAAGUGACUCCGACAUACAGGACGAGUUGAACGAUUUCCCAGCGACGUUCGGCUACCCGGAGAUGACUUCCACACUCGGUAUCGCUAUCAAUCCGGUAGAUAUACUUGGGUAUGGAGCGAGCUUCGGUGUCGGUCGAACGUUGUCACGAAUCUCGGAGCGCAGUACGAACUCGGAGAAAUCCAGUGGCGAGGAAGUGGCUGAGGCGGAAAAAUCGAGCCUGGAAGAUUUGAGCGUUCAUGACGAAUCGGCUAUUUCUAGUGAGCAUCAAGCAAGCCUCAGUUCGGAUUUGCAUUCCAACUCGAAUCCGGCGUACAUUUCCGACGCAGAUCGUAGGACUUCGGCGGAAAUGCCCGAUAUUCCAUGCGAUUCAGCUGCAGCAGAGCGUUUAUCGGAGUUAUAUCAGAGCAAUGUGGUUAAGAAUGGACGCUUCACAGUAUCGCACGUAACAGAAGGUGGAACUAGCAGCGGUAUGAAGAAGGCAGAAAGUAAGCCCGAUUUGCAGUGUCUUUCAGCUGGAGGUGGUAGUCAAGAUUCGGAAGAUUGGCCUUUACCGGACAUACCCUACGACAGUACACCGGGUGAACGGUUUGAUCCGUGCAUUGGAGGGCCACCUGGUGUCAUGAUGCCACCUCCGAUGAGACCCUACUGGACGGAACAAGCAAUGGCAGGAGCACGACAAUCACAGGAGUCCGAGAAUUGGCCUACUCCACCAUCCAGCAUGCUAGAACACAUUCCAAUCGUGGAGAAUGUGCAAACGUUCCGUGUAAACGAACCACAGCACCCAAUGCAGGUAAUGGUGGAAUCGUUUACAGAACCUACAACUGGAGGAUCCGAUGAUUCCGACCCUGAUUACGCGGAGGUUGCUGGAGAUGAGAUUCCCGAACCACCGAAAAGGGAUUACGUUCCAACAACCUCUGGAUCUGGGUCAUACUCGGGAUCCUCGUUGUCUGGAAAGUCGGGCUCCUCACCAAGUCCCUCACUGUCAAUGGUGGUUCCUUAUGAGAGUACUGCUUAUCUGGUAUCUGCCAUGCAAGAUUCAAAGACUUACGAAGCAGCAGUAACGUACGAAAAUGCCACCUGCUUGAGCGGAGCACUUGGUCCGACCAGUUGUCUGAAGUCAACGUUUGACAUAUGUUCAAGCCAGCGUGCUAUCGGAUCAUCGACAACAGGGAUUGUGGGAAAAGACUCGAAUCCCGAUCGUGUGAUCAUAUCGCAGCCAACAAAGUCGCCGCAGAACUUGAGCCCCAUCACGGAUGAUGAUUUCUUCAUGAACGAUGAAGUGUUCGGCCCGGGUACGGUGAAGAUUGAGAUCUCGCCGGAUGAUAGUAAACCUUCAUCGUCCGGCGGUAUGGAGUAUGGUACGCAACAGCAAAAGUUUUCCCGAAGCUCCAAUAACUCCGACACCUCGAUCGACGAUAUGCUCUCGACGUCUUGCGGGACGUACAUGGAGGAAACGGUUCGGUUGCGCAAUCUGGAACCGCGCCGUUUAAGCAAUGAAUCGUGCAAGAAAUGCUCGCACAGCUCACACUCCGAGGAGGAAACAAGCUCGUUCGGCACGGACUUGGACGGGACGGUGAAGAUGGGUCUGCAGCAAAAGCGCUGCACGCACAGUUCACACUCGGAGGAUACCUCGAUUGGUCUUAGCAUUUCCGAAUGGUCGACCGGUACGAACACCGUACGGCAGUAUGCGAAUCUGUCCGGGUCGGACAGUCUGUCGGCCGUCUCGAACCAUUCCGGCAAUGCCAAGAGCGAAAAAUCGAACCAUACCAAGAGCUCGAUCAGUUCGAGCGUCCACAAAUCAACCGAGAGUCUGGACGAAAAGACAAGCGGUAGCUUCUCUAGUAGCAACACCAACCAGGCUAAUAAUACGGGCGGCAAGCGCUUUUCAUUAGAGAAUGUGUCGGAGAAUGGAGGAUGUCCGCGGUACGAACCGUUCAGUAACUCCGAAACGGACACCAAGUUUUCGUCGGGCACCAAGAGCGACGACACUACGCUGACGCUCACUGAGAUGGCACAAACCAUCACGGAAUGGUCAACGAGUAGCAGCAACACACUGAUCGCUCAGGUCGAAGCGCUCAAGCAGUUGGAAAGUGGAGUUGGGGUUGGCAGUGCGAAGGGUACCUCCUCCGGCGAACGAUCGUCUGCCACUCCGACGCGCACAUUCGAGUACGUGCCGCUGAAACCACCGAAGGUGGUGAAGAAGCUCCCGGUCACAUCAUUAGACGAUCAUGGACGCAAGGAUUUCCCGGGUGUGCAUGUGAAGCCGCUGGUAGCGAAACACAUCCCGGUAGAGACAGGGUGUAGCUCGAAAGCGGCAAAUGAACCUAACAUAAUUCCCGAUCGUCCAACGAGACUACCGCCCAAGAUUGUGGAUGUGAUCGAGAAGAGUCCUAAGCGAAUGCCCGUAACACAACAGCCGCUCCCCCAAGGCAAAAGUCCCAUCUCUACACGGGUAGAACCGCAGGACGGAGCCAGCAAACGGAAAUCGCUCGAAAUGAUGUCCAAGCGUUACCAGAGUCAAGAUAUAUCGGACACGGAAACGUUUACGGAGAAACUAUACGGACAGAACGAGAAGCUAACGGAGCGCUAUCAAAGCCAGGAGUUUACACCGAUUGCUGCUACUACUCCGGCGGCACCUAACAAGCCUCCGCGCGGCGACUCGUUGCCUUCCUCUAGCCCAACACCGAUGGCAGAGAAGCCUUUGGUGAAGCACCACAGCUACGACGAUAAAACACUAUCCAAGUCGCAGAUCCGAGAGUACAAGACGACCAAGAUGCGACACAGUCAAUCCUUCCACGAGCAUCUGGUGUCGUCCGAUCUGAACAAGAUAGUGGAGGAGAGUCUUGGUAGUUCUUCCACCACGACUCACACCAGUGAAGCGACCAGUACGGACAAUUCAUCACCAAUGUUUCCACGACCGGAAAAGUUGGUCCGCUGCUCGCCGUACUACUCCAGCAGUCUCAGCUCGGAAUCACCUCCUAUCGCUCCGAAUCAGCUGCCUCCGCCGGUGCAGAAACCUCCUCGUAAGAGCUCUUUACCGCGAAACUUUGUUCCCAAGAGUCCGCCAAGCGGUAACGAUACAGACAGUUCGCUUGACCAUCGAGCACAGGAUCCGAAGUUACGAUCUCGUGGUUAUCGUAAAAAGCGAACAGUUCCUCUGAAGAAGAGUCGCCUGGAUCGUCCGCUAGAGCAUCAGGAAAGUUCCGAGUGUUCGGAGGGCUACUUCCCGGAGAUGGAAUCAGGCUCAUCCGAUGCGGUCCUAAUGGAACAUCAGCAUCAACGCUAUCCAGAUUUUGAAGAAGAAUUAGAACAGUUGCCAGAGGAUUACGAAGACGAAACGUACCGGGCAGAUGAGGACGAGGUGACUCCGAGUCGUAAUGGGGCUGGGGUGUACCCAAGCGCCUCAUACUCGAAUAAAUUCGAAGGUCUCGAUAUGACGGAGAACGUGGAUGAGAUGGGCUUCCCGCGGUACGAUCGGUUAGGCCAUAUAACGAAUCCGAAUCUGUACAAAUCCGACACACCUUCGCCUCCGGUUAAACCUGCCCGCCAGCGUCGAUUGCGUCAGACGAAGCGCGACGAUCAGCACCUGGAUUUGGAAUACCAGGGUGUACAGUAUACGCCGGAAAGUGGAAGCUGUUCCGAAACGAAAGCUGGCCUAUCGGACGAUGUUUGUUACUCGAGCGAGGACAGUUUUGCUGCGGGAUAUAACCGUAGUGGUGGUGCCGGAGUGGGAGCAAGCUCACGGUAUCAGAAGAACGUAGAGAUCCCUUAUCCGGACUUUCUGUCCGACUACGAAAACGAAUCUUCGUCGGCCUGUUCCUAUGCUCGGCGUAUGGAACAGGGACGUCCACGGUAUGUGGAACUGGAGUCACAACAUCAACAGCUGCAACAGGUGCAGCAUCUUGAGUUUGCGGAAUCGGAUAAACCGAUCGAUGUGUCGGUUGCGUUCGAUCUGAAAGCCUUACCGCCACCGAUUUACGUGGAAGAGGAGGAAGUUGAUGCAGAAGGGGAUGAACUGCCAGGGCCUGACGAGGAUGAUGAGGAGCAAGAUAAUGCUGUCUAAACUUAUCUCGAGCUGAGCUG